AUGCCUGUGCCAUUCGAAGGGUUGUUGCCCUAUGCUAUUAUGACCGCUUUCUUUGGAGUAGCUGGUCACGGUGUCGGUUUCAUCAGAUACUGGGACAACGGCUGGAAGAAGGACAGAUUCGAUUUGGAUUCCUGGGACGAAAGAAUGAUGAAUAGAGACUUCUUGCUAACAGGAGUCAAAAGGGGCCAGAGCCAUGAGCCGGUGGCUCCAGAAUCAUUCAAGACGGCCGAUGUGAAGUUGCAGAAGUACUACUCUGCCUACAACGACCAAUACUUCUCGUUCAGAGAGAGAUUGUACAGAGGUUAUGUCACCGGAAACUGGGACUUUUCCUAGACCAGUCUGUCUUACAGACACUCGGGAGUUUGCUAGACUAUAGAUAUGGAUAUCAAUCUUCAAAUGGAUAUCUAUGGAAUUCUAUAGAUAUCUGAAAUGAGUGUUUCUGUGGAUAUACUACUAGUACAACUAUAAAUAUCCAUAGACUAGUAUCUAUGGAGCCCCACCAUUGCAUUCUACACUUCUAUUUAUCACGUCUUUAUGUACUAAAUACACAUUACAAUU